UUUCCUUUUCCGUUUUACGUAAUCAAGGAGAGGAGAGAGAAGCAAAGGAUUGGCGUGGCGACGAGGAAUCAAAAUCUCCGACGAUUUAUUCCAACCGCGAACCCGCAUUUCUUCUUCCCUUUGCUCGUGACUGCCGCGAGCUCCGUCGCCGAGAUAUCUGUUGUGCGGUGCUGUAGUGCACACAACAUAUAACCUUGAGCUUUACUGCACAAGGCAUCAUGGCAAGAGCCUUAUCAAACCUACUAUUCAAGGGCAUUACAGGGUCCCCAGCAGGAUGCUCUAAUAGAAUGGUAUCUGCAUCGUUUAUUCAAAGAGGAAUGACAUACUCCACAACUGCACCAAAUGACCCUGACACACAUGAUGACUUCAAACCUAUGGAUAAGUUUCAGGACACUGCCACUUCUCUAAAGGAUGUUGUUGAACAGGAUGUCAAGGAAAAUCCUGUGAUGAUAUACAUGAAAGGGGUCCCUGAGUUUCCGCAGUGUGGGUUCAGCUCUCUAGCUGUAAGAGUAUUGAAACAUUACAAUGCUCCAUUAAGUGCUAGGAAUAUUUUGGAAAAUGCAGAGCUGAAAAGUGCUGUGAAAGCUUUCAGUCACUGGCCGACGUUCCCCCAGAUAUUCAUCAAGGGGGAGUUCAUUGGAGGUUCUGAUAUUAUAAUGAAUAUGCACCAGAGUGGAGAGCUGAAGGAGAAGCUCAAGGAUAUUGCAGCCAACCAGGAAAAGUCUGCCUAGGUUAUACAUGGCCGAUUAGAGAGAAAACAGGAAUUUUGGGUUUUGUUUGGUUUUCUUUCAACCAUCGCGUUCUUCUAGUCUAGGUGCUUUGUUGAUGAUCAUCGAGAGUGUAACAAUAAACUUCCCCUGAUUUAUGCAUCCAAAUAACGUACCUUUU